AUGUUUCUUCGUGCAUCUCGGCGCAGCCAUGUGUGUCUGAGAUGCGAGAGCAGACUCAUUCUGCAGGAGCAGGUCUCAUCAACCCAGCUUGAUUCUCUCCAGCGCAGUCCUCCUGUUGCGAAGCGAUGGCAGUCCUCAUCAGCAGCAGUAAGAGUCGAUGAAGAAGAUCAGGAGACCGAAUCUGCGCCUGUUCCUUAUGCGGGUCAACGUCUCAUUGCACACGAGCAGUUUGGAUCGAGGAGAAGCGAUGGCCAGGCCAGGGAAGAAGACGUUGACCGGAAUGGCAAAGUAAAGCAAUCUGGCUUGAGAGUACGUCAUUGGCGACCACCACCUACCGCACAGUUGAGUGUCAAUGUCCUUGGAAAGCCAGGAGAAAUCCUUGUCCUACCUGAUCAGAAGCACAGAAGGCGACGUCGCUUGACAGAAGCAGAAGAGCAGGAACCCCGAGACAACACAAACACCACAGAGACGGCACAGCCACUGACAACUAAUCGUCCCAAGCGAACGAUACGCGAAACACUCGCCGCCGAGUCGACGCCUUUGUCUCCUGUCGAGGUCUUUCAAAAUGUCGAAAAGUUGAGAAAGAAGUUGGAACGUCACAUCGAUCUGGCAAAAUGGAAGUAUACUCGAGUCUCCUUGCAAAAGGGCUUCACAAAGGCACAAUUGCGACAGUAUGCUCACGAAAAGACCGCGCAGUUGUCAUCACAGACUGUCGUUGAAGAGCCGACACGAAAGAUUGAUAGUAUGGAUAAGCACGGUCUGCCAAAUUACAUCAUGAAUAAUCUGUGGAAGAUUUCUGAUCCUAGCAAAACCACAAUCGCAAGUUCAGCACCUCAUUCUAAUGCGUGCAAGAAGAAAGUCAGAUUGACUGCGGAAGUCGUGGAGCUGAUCCUAAAGUCCAACAGACUAAGCAGACUACAUGAAUUGGAUGCAGCCACUGCCUCAGCUGGAAAGAGCUCCCUCACCGUGUCUGCAAAGAUGAAGAUGGAGGGUUCGCCCGGGUUUCUCAUCGCUGGUUCCGACGAAAUGGCAGUCAAACAGACAGCCUUUACUAUUAACUCUUGGAAGCACGACGUUGUGCAGCAGCAGCUUACUGCACCGUCCAUGACCUUGUUAGCGAAGAUGAAAUCGAAAGACGGAAGCACAUUCCGUUCAAGCUCAGAGGUUGCCUCAGGUGUUUCAAUGCUCCUACAGCGACAUCCUGUUGUGUUACAAGUCCGAGGUAGGGAAUGGCAGGUUUCGGCCUUUGAAUCAGUGCACCUGAAGAACUUUGAGCGAGAGCUAGUUCUCCUGGCUCAUGCCUACGAGGAUGUUGAAAGGCCUACCCCUCAGCUUGUGAAUCUUCAUGGCGACUCCGCGAGGGUGCCUGUGUAUCCCCAAUCUGAUGUGAAGUCCGUCGAGCAUUACCGUUCUGUCGAUGGAGCAGCAGGAUUAGGUGGUACUGAGUCUUCCGGCCUCCAACAGAUUCCAGGCGAUUACUUGUUAGAAAUCACGAAAAUUUUGCAAAGUGCCAUGUCAAGCGACGAAGCUGUUACGACACACGAUUCAUCAAUGUUCAAUGGCUCGCCGUCCAAUGUCAUCGUCGAGUUCGGUCAAGCAACAUCGCCUCCUCAAAGAGCCGGUGAUAGUGUGAUCGCUGCCAAAGCACGGCCCCAUUUUCAGUCACAAAUUCCUUUAUUGCCUCAAUUUCUUGCUGACCAGCACCGUUUGCAGCAGGACUCCCCUUCUUUGAAAUUAGGCCCGCGCAGCUUUCGACUCAAAUUUAAAUCUUCAGAUCUAACACAACCUUCUCUGGAAAUCCACGGCAGUCCCAAAAAUGAUUCCGGUAUUCAAGUCCAGAGUAUAGCUCUACACUCGGCCGAGCAGCAGCUGCUUGUUGGCCUGCCUGCUACACCUGUCGACCUCCAAUACUUCUACGAUCGGAGAUUGAAUUUGUUCGAGUCAGAUGCUCCGCCUAUCGAGAAAUAUGCUCCGCUUAUGGCCCAAAUAGCAGAUCAGUUAGUGCGAUCUGAUCAAGUUGAAGUCGAUGUCAAGAAGCGACCACAGUCAAUUCCAAUGCCUAAACUCAGCCCUCUACUCCAAUUGGACCUGGCUGUGUUAUCGAGGUCAAAAACUGAACCACGCGAUAACAACACAAAGCAGACACGAGCAACAACUGAUGACAAACACGAAAAACCAAGUGGUCACGAGAAUUUUUCAAAGAUUCUUCUCAACCAGCAAUCUGGUUCAUGCUCGAUGUCGGAAACGGGUCUGAAGUGGAGACUCGCUGAUGACAACAACACCCUGAGUCUUGAUAGUUCUACGAUUAAACAGGGUAUAUGGUCAAGAGCGGCCAAAGGCUUCCAGGUCACGAUCAAUGUUGAAGACAACCAGGAAGUUCACCUCGAAGGCUUUCUCGAAAAGGACUUUGGUCGUGCCGCUCGCGCUUUUCAGACCUUCUACAACGUUGAUCUCAAGCUAGACCCAUCCUUGAGCCAUUUCAACAAGAUCAAUAGAGCAGAACCUUCAAAGGUCGCUCCAGCUGUCGUUCGGUACGCACUUGACCGAGCUGAGUGGCUUGAUCGGACAGUUUACGAAACUCCUGCACGUGGUCAAUUUGCGCUAGAAUAUCUAUCACUCACUCCAAUGACCGACGAUUCAAUUGGCAAGUCGAGACAGGCGCUGAGGCUUGUUGAGAAGAGCAAGGUAUUAAAGUCAGCGCCUUCACUCCGCGACGCAAGCCAAGACAUUCCGGUCAGUGAGAACGAUGACCAGAGUGGCAUGUCGGACACCCAGCUGAUCGAGGGUAUCACCAAGGCAGCAUUGGACACAGCAUCCGCAUUGGGGGGAUUUGUACAACAGAGAACAAAGGAAAUGGUGUCAAGAUAUCCGGCAAUCACUGCUGAAGACAAGACAUCUUGA